AUGGAAGCUUUGAUAAAAAUUCAAACCCAAGGGAUUCAAAACAACGAAGUUUACGAGUUAGUCUUAGACAAGUGGAGAGGGAAUUCAAUUUCACUGUCUGAAAAAGCCCUUCUUGAAUCUUUCGUAAACUUACUCCCCCCUCCGCGAGCGAACACUCACGGAGGGAGUGUUAAUUUUUUUAAAAAAUUUUAUAUAUAAAUAUUAAAAAAAAAAAAAAUCUUUGAGAAUUUCUAAAAAUCCCAUUUCUAAGAGAUUUCAUGACAAUAGUUAUCACUUAUAUAUCAAAUUUUUUUCCCAUAAAAAAUAUUCCUAUUAAAAACAUUUUUGUUGGCUUUCGGAGGGUGUGUUUUUGGGCAAAAAAUAGGGAUUUUUUUAAUGGUUUUUUCGCUGACAGAGGGGGAGAGUUAGAAUUUCUUUCUAUGACAGGUUGCGGCUUAAAAGAUAUUUCAAAUUUUCCCAAUUUGAGGAAUUUGACUACUCUAGAUAUAUGCGACAACCGAUUAAAAAGUGGCUUUGAGCCGCUUUCAAAACUAUCCAAUUUAAGCUCACUGUCUUUAGCUGGAAAUCCAAUAUCUGACUACACAGCGCUUCUUCCACUUAUCUCACUUACAAGCUUAAUAGGACUCGAUUUUUAUGGGUGUCCUAUCGCCGAAUUCCCUGAUUUUAGCAAAAAAAUCUUCGAAAUGUUUGAAAAAUUAGAAGCUGUCAAUAACCUUGAUAAGUUUGGAAAAGAAAUCGGACUUUCAUCUGAGGAUGGUGAUACUGAUGAAGAUGAAAGCGAUUUGGAAGGAUUUAUUGUAAAAGAUGGGCAGUCUGAUGAAGAUACUUCAGAAACUGAUGAGGAUAGCUUCGAGUCUGAGGAUGCUAGCCAAUCUCUAAAGAGGCACUUUCAAGAAGCACUUGAUGAGAAUAAAAAGCUGAAGACUGAAUAA